UGCUGAUUCUGUCAGGAGCUGGCGGUGGCGGCGGCGGCGGCGGCGGCGGCGGCCCCGCUCCCUCUCCCUGGCCGGACCCCGCUCCGUCCCCCGCGCCCACACCCCGCCAAGCCCCCCGCGCUCCCGCCGCGGCUCCGACCCCAGGCGCGGCCGCCACCAGCACCAUGUCCCCGGUAGUCUUGCUGCUCCUGCCCUCGCUGCUAGCGCUCCUGGCUCACGGAUUCUCUUCAGAGGCUCCAACUGUGGGGGAAGGACAGGCCCCAGGCAUGGAGGAGAUGGAGGGGGAGUUGACCGUGGCCCCCACACCUGAGCAGCCAGAACGAGGCGUCCACUUCAUCACAACGGCACCUACCCUGAAUCUGCUCAACCACCACCCGCUUCUCGAGGAAUUCCUCCAAGAGGGCCUGGCAGGGCAUGCGGAGGAACUGAGGCCGGCACUGCCCUUCCAAUCUGACCCACCUACGCCACUCACUCCAAGUCCCCUUCCCCGCCUGACCAACCAGGACAGCCGCCCUGUCUUCACCAGCCCCACCCCGGCUGUGGCCGCAGCACCCACUCAGCCACAGUCUAGGGAAGGACCCUGGAGCCUGGAGUCAAAGCCGCCUGUGCUUCACCUCACGGCUCCCCUACCACCAGGGCCCGGAAUGGCAGUACCCACCCCAGGCCCAGGGGAGAGGCCCAGUAGUACCACACCCCCUAGCAGAUUAUGGACUCCAACCCAAGAGGGUCCUGGAGACAUGGGCAGGCCACAGGCUCCAGAGGUCAAGUCCCAGACCACAGGGCUCAGCACAGAGGGGACCAUCGCCACCUCUACAGCUUCAGGGGAUGAGGAGGAGAUCACCACCACCAUCACCACCACCACCAUCACCACAGUCCAGCCACCAGGCCCUUGUAGCUGGAAUUUCUCAGGCCCAGAGGGCUCUCUGGACUCACCCAUGGCCCUCAGCUCACGCACUGAUGUCGGCCUGGACUGUUUCUACUACAUUUCUGUCUACCCUGGCUAUGGUGUGGAAAUCAAGGUCCACAACAUCAGCCUCCGGGAGGGGGAGACCAUGACUAUGGAGGGCCUCGGGGGGCCUGACCCACUGCCCCUGGCCAACCAGUCUUUCCUGCUGAGGGGCCAAGUCAUCCGCAGCCCCACCCACCAAGCAGCACUGAGGUUCCAAAGCCUCCCACCACCUGCUGGGCCUGGUACCUUCCAUUUCCACUACCAAGCCUAUCUCCUGAGCUGCCACUUUCCCCAACGUCCAGCUUAUGGAGCUGUGACUGUCACCAGCCUCCACCCAGGAGGCAGUGCCCGCUUCUACUGUGCCACUGGAUACCAGCUGAAGGGUGCCAGGCUCCUUACCUGUCUCAACGCCACCCAGCCCUUCUGGGAUUCCCAGGAGCCUGUCUGCAUCGCUGCCUGCGGCGGGGUGAUGCGCAACGCCAGCACUGGCCGCAUUGUCUCUCCGGGCUUCCCGGGCAACUACAGCAACAAUCUCACGUGCCACUGGCUGCUGGAAGCUCCUGAGGGCCAGCGGCUACAUUUGCACUUUGAGAAGGUGUCCCUGGCAGAGGAUGAUGACAGACUCAUCAUCCGCAAUGGGGACAAUGUGGAGGCCCCACCCGUGUAUGAUUCCUACGAGGUGGAGUACCUGCCCAUUGAGGGCUUGCUCAGCUCUGACCGACACUUCUUUGUGGAACUCAGCACUGAUAGCAGUGGGGCAGCUGCAGGCAUGGCCCUGCGCUACGAGGCCUUCCAGCAGGGCCACUGCUAUGAGCCCUUUGUCAAAUAUGGCAACUUCAGCAGCAGUGCAUCCUCCUACCCUGUGGGUACCACUGUGGAGUUCAGCUGCGAUCCUGGCUACACCCUGGAACAGGGCUCCAUCAUCAUUGAGUGCAUUGACCCUCAUGACCCCCAAUGGAAUGAGACAGAGCCAGCCUGCCGAGCUGUGUGCAGUGGGGAGAUCACAGACUCAGCCGGCGUGGUGCUCUCCCCCAACUGGCCGGAGCCCUACAGCCGAGGGCAGGACUGCAUCUGGGGCGUGCACGUGGAGGAGGACAAGCGUAUCAUGCUAGAUGUCCGAGUGCUGCGCAUAGGCCACGGUGAUGUACUUACCUUCUAUGAUGGGGAUGACCUGACAGCCCGGGUCCUAGGCCAGUACUCAGGGCCCCGUGGCCACUUCAAGCUCUUUACCUCCAUGGCUGACGUCACCAUACAGUUCCAGUCGGACCCCGGGGCCUCCGUGCUGGGCUACCAGCAGGGCUUUGUCAUCCACUUCUUUGAGGUGCCCCGCAAUGACACGUGUCCAGAGCUGCCUGAGAUCCCCAAUGGCUGGAAGAGCCCCUCGCAGCCCGAGCUGGUGCAUGGCACUGUCAUCACUUACCAGUGCUACCCUGGCUACCAGGUGGUGGGGUCCAGCAUCCUCAUGUGCCAGUGGGACCUAACCUGGAGUGAGGACCUGCCCUCCUGCCAGAGGGUGACUUCCUGCCAUGACCCCGGCGACGUGGAGCACAGCCGACGCCUCAUAUCUAGCCCCAAGUUUCCUGUGGGGACCACUGUGCAGUACAUCUGUGACCAGGGUUUUGUGCUGUCGGGUAGUGCCAUCCUCUCCUGCCACAACCGUCAAGCCAGCAGCCCCAAGUGGAGCGACCGGGCCCCCAAAUGUCUCUUGGAACAGCUCAAGCCAUGCCAUGGCAUCAGCACUCCCGAGAAUGGUGCCCGCAGUCCUGAGAAGCGGCUACACCCAGCAGGGGCUACUGUCCACUUCUCCUGUGACCCUGGCUAUGUGCUGAAAGGCCAGGCCAGCAUCAAGUGUGUGCCUGGGCACCCUUCACACUGGAGUGACCACCCACCCAUCUGUAGUCCUGCCUCUCUGGAUGGGUUCUACAGUGGCCGCAGCCUGGAUGUUGCCAAGGCACCUGCUGCCUACAGCACCCUGGACGCGGCCCACAUAGCAGCUGCCAUUUUCUUGCCACUGGUGGCAAUGGCACUCUUGGUAGGAGGGGUGUACCUCUACUUCUCCAGGCUCCAGGGGAAAAGCCCCCUACAGCUGCCCCGAACACAACCCCGCCCCUAUGACCCCAUCACCAUGGAGUCAGCAUUUGACAAUCCAACUUACGAGACUGGAUCUCUUUCCUUUGCAGGAGACCAGAGAAUAUGAAGUCUCCAUCUAGGUGGGUGCAGCCCAGGGAAGCCAGGUCAGCCCUGCAUCACAGCCCAGUAACAGAGCUCCCAGCUUCCUGCUGUCCCUCCACCUCCUGUACAUACCACCUGGGAAGAGAUGCCACCAAUCCCUCAAGAAGUUGUGCCCUUCCCACCUGCAAGGCCCACAAGGGCUUAUUUUCUUGGUACUGCUGCCCACUUAAGGCCCUUUCUUGGGUCCAAGUCAGGGGUCAUCUGCCUGUGAGCAGAUCACAGCAGGAGCACAUGCAUCAAGGACCAGCAUUUUUCUGACCCUCCUUCAUGCCCUGGACCUCCAGCCUAAAACUCACAGGCAGAGCAGGAGCACCUUUCUCCCUAUGAACACCAUCCAGCCUUGUCACCUAGCACCUUGCAGCAGGGUUCACUGGACAGUGAUGGAAACUGUGCCAGCAUGGUCCUCACAGAGCCGUCACCAGUGGCCAAGACUGCUCGCAACAGUGACCUCUGAGUAGUCCUGGCAUGUUGACGUCAGCCUCUUGGGGAGAUCUCUAGUCCUUCUCUAAGGCCCCAGGAAUGUUGGAGAAUGUUCUCUGUCUCCUGUCCCUUCCUGGUGGAGGCAAUAAUCCUAAGGGAUCCUAAGGAGUUUGGGCCCCUGCCUCAAACUCAGAUUGGGCUUCCCUAGGAACUCAUACUCUACACCGAAGCAGGACACGCCACUGCUCCCUGGCAGCCCUACACUCUGUGGAGAGGGAGGCCUUCCUCUGAUGUCUGGCUGUUGCAAACAUCCUCUUUCUCACUAGUCCCUCCUCUAACCCCAAUUAGUUGCCAGGCUAUCCUCCUGGCCACUGUGUUUUGGGAUAACAGGAGUGAGCAGGCAUAUUCUGGAGAGGAGCAGAGGUCCAAUGGCCCAAAAAUGUGGCAUGGAACAGGGGAUCAGAGAGCCCCAGGGAGGGGCCCAUGGGCUGGCAACAGGCCACCCUAUACAUGUAAUGUAUUGUAUGGGGUUUGGGCUCCAGCCAGAGAACAAUCUUCUUUUUCUGUUGUUUCCUUAUUAAAAUGGUGUUUUUGAAAAAAAAAAAA